UUUACAGAUUUCUUCAGAAUUAACUGGCAACACUGGGUAAGUGGGCGGGGCUAACUUUCGGCUGAAAAGGCGUUACAGUAAAGUUGAGAAGCGGCCCGGGAGUGAGAGAGAUGGCCCUGUGGUCAUCGGCGGACAUGGCGGUGUCUCUGUGUGUGCUGCUGCUGGUCGUGUUUACAUGUGAGAUCGCGAGGAGUCUGCUCUGUGGAGAGAGGAGGGAUUAUAGUGUCUACGUUGCGGAGAUCAUUUCUACGGUUCAACUAUGCGCAUGCUCACACGAGUUGAAGCUGCUGUCUGAAGAUGCGCCCGAGAUCGCCCUGAUCCUCAUCUACGUCAUAUCGGUGGUGCACGCGCUGACUUUCCGCGGCGCCACCGGUAACCCCAGCGCGUUGUUCGAGCGCUACUGCUGCGGCUCCCUGUCCGGCGCAUGCGCACUGUGGCGCACCGCGUGUCAGUUGGUGGCGGCCACGGCGACGGGUUUGGCCAUGCAGCGCGUGUGGGCUUUCGGGUUCUCAGACCUGCACGCGCGCCAUGCGCGGUCGGGCUUCGCUUGCGCGAGUCCGAUCGAGCACGUGCGUCUGCUGGAAGCCGUGGCCGUGGAGCUCGCGUGCGCCUUCUCCGUGCACGCGACGGCGACUCUGACGCGCGGUGUGGAGGAGAAGUACCGAGUGCACGCUGUCGCCGCGGUGAUCACUGCAGUGGUGUAUGCAGGUGGCAGUACAACAGGAGCUGUGUUUAACCCGGCACUGGCUUUAACUUCGCAGUUCCCCUGCACCGGAAGCACGUUUGUAAAGAACAGCCUCGUCUACUGGCUGGGGCCGGUUUUAGGCAUAGCAUGCUCUCUCCUGCUGUUUAAUAAAGUUAUUGUGGCUUUUACAUCAAAGAGCACAAGUCACGAGGACCAGAACGUCAAGAAGAAGAAGAGAAACUGAACACAGCUGGAUGCAUGAGCGUGUUCCUUUGAUCAUGGGAAUGCUUUUUUAUUUAAUUAAUAACUUUACAGACAUUCUACAAUGGUGAUGGUGAAAACAGUUUGGAUGUGUGUGUAUAUAUUAUAUAUACUAUAUAUACUGUAUAUAAGCAUCUAAACAUAGAUUUAAUUAAUGAAACUGCUGCUAUUAUUUAGGAAUCCAGACAAUACAGGGGAAAAAAACAACUGGAAAUGAGGAGCACAAACUACAUACCAGGUCUAAGAGAGCAGACUUUACAUGAGUUAGCAUCAUGGGUGCAAAGACGAUUUAGUCACAUCAUUACUUUUACUCUAUACAGCUGACCUCAUCAGAGAAAAGAAUGUUAUUUCUCUGCUGUUUUAAGAAACUACUGAUGCUUCUAUUUUAGUAAUGUUCUUAUCAAUUCACUGAUUCAGGUUUAUAAAGCGACAAAUGUUAUCCUAAGGAUUGACUGUAAUAGUUAACCGUGAGCACAAACUGUGAAAUGUUUUAAAAACGUUCAAACUGAGGGAGUUUUUCUUGCCUGUUCAGUCUUAAUCCAUGAUUUGACCUAGGUCACUAAAAAAAUCUUUGUAAUGCAAUGAAACAUUCCUGAAAGCAGAAGGAUGUAAAGGAUAAACUUUCUUUAGAUGUAAGAUAUUUUUUUAGCAUCAAUAAUUAAUUGAAACCAAUACAAUGUUAGCUCUUUUAGUUACGGAGCGAUUUUAGCUAACAAGUGUUUAUUUCUCAGAACUAUUCCAUAAACAGCACUGACUAUGAACUGACGCAUCGCACAUUCCUGCUGGAGGUUGAAGCCAGUAUAUUGAAAGUAUAUUGAAAAUUUAACAAAGCACAUGUUGAGUACCUCCAAUAUGUAUCAAGUGGACCAAGCUAAAUGAAUUUUAACACUAAAUAUUUAGCAAUAAAGGAAUGGGUAUAUACAGCGAAUGUAUCCCUGUGGUUUUUUAUCAUUAUUAUUAUUAUUAUUAUUGCAGUGAGAGAGUUCAUUAGUGCUGCACUUGUGUCGAACUUUUCUAAUCAUCAAGAACUGAAGCUAGACCAACUUUGAGAUAAUGAUGAGUUUGCCUAUCUGGACUUUGGAUCCACAAGCUGACGGUCCAUCGUGCAGCAUCGUGCGUACACGCAUGUUCACACCUAAGGGAAAUCUUUAGUGCCGUUUAUACACCUCUUGGAAACCAGAAAACGUGUAUAAACAACACACAUGACAGGACUGUGCAAAUCUCCAAAUAGACUACAAACCCAGUUCAGGAUCGAUCCAGAGCCGUGAUGGUUUAA